AUGCCUCACAUCCCGCUGACACCUCGAGAGGCACGUGGAGUUCAUCGCUUCAAAAGGCUCAAGACGUAUGCCAACUUUCCAGAAGCACCUCAGGAGGAGUCUUCUCUCAGCAAUAGGCUCAAGCCGUAUGCCACCUUUCCAGAAGCACCUCAGGAGGAGGCUUCUCUCAGCAAUAGGCUCAAGACGUAUGCCAACUUUCCAGAAGCACCUCAGGAGGAGUCUUCUCUCAGCAAUAGGCUAAAGACCUAUGCCAACUUUCCAGAAGCACCUCAGGAGGAGGCUUCUCUCAGCAAUAGGCUCAAGACGUAUGCCAACUUUCCAGAAGCACCUCAGGAGGAGGCUUCUCUCAGCAAUAGGCUCAAGACGUAUGCCAACUUUCCAGAAGCACCUCAGGAGGAGGCUUCUCUCAGCAAUAGGCUCAAGACGUAUGCCAACUUUCCAGAAGCACCUCAGGAGGAGGCUUCUCUCAGCAAUAGUCUCAAGACGUAUGCCAACUUUCCAGAAGCACCUCAGGAGGAGGCUUCUCUCAGCAAUAGGCUCAAGACGUAUGCCAACUUUCCAGAAGCACCUCAGGAGGAGUCUUCUCUCAGCAAUAGGCUCAAGACGUAUGCCAACUUUCCAGAAGCACCUCAGGAGGAGGCUUCUCUCAGCAAUAGGCUCAAGACGUAUGCCAACUUUCCAGAAGCACCUCAGGAGGAGGCUUCUCUCAGCAACAGGCUCAAGACGUAUGCCAACUUUCCAGAAGCACCUCAGGAGGAGGCUUCUCUCAGCAAUAGGCUCAAGACGUAUGCCAACUUUCCAGAAGCACCUCAGGAGGAGGCUUCUCUCAGCAAUAGGCUCAAGACGUAUGCCAACUUUCCAGAAGCACCUCAGGAGGAGUCUUCUCUCAGCAAUAGGCUCAAGCCGUAUGCCACCUUUCCAGAAGCACCUCAGGAGGAGGCUUCUCUCAGCAAUAGGCUCAAGACGUAUGCCAACUUUCCAGAAGCACCUCAGGAGGAGGCUUCUCUCAGCAAUAGGCUCAAGACGUAUGCCAACUUUCCAGAAGCACCUCAGGAGGAGUCUUCUCUCAGCAAUAGGCUCAAGACGUAUGCCAACUUUCCAGAAGCACCUCAGGAGGAGUCUUCUCUCAGCAAUAGGCUCAAGACGUAUGCCAACUUUCCAGAAGCACCUCAGGAGGAGGCUUCUCUCAGCAAUAGGCUCAAGACGUAUGCCAACUUUCCAGAAGCACCUCAGGAGGAGGCUUCUCUCAGCAAUAGGCUCAAGACGUAUGCCAACUUUCCAGAAGCACCUCAGGAGGAGUCUUCUCUCAGCAAUAGGCUCAAGACGUAUGCCAACUUUCCAGAAGCACCUCAGGAGGAGGCUUCUCUCAGCAAUAGGCUCAAGCCGUAUGCCAACUUUCCAGAAGCACCUCAGGAGGAGGCUUCUCUCAGCAAUAGGCUCAAGACGUAUGCCAACUUUCCAGAAGCACCUCAGGAGGAGGCUUCUCUCAGCAAUAGGCUCAAGACGUAUGCCACCUUUCCAGAAGCACCUCAGGAGGAGGCUUCUCUCAGCAACAGGCUCAAGACGUAUGCCAACUUUCCAGAAGCACCUCAGGAGGAGGCUUCUCUCAGCAAUAGGCUCAAGACAUAUGCCAACUUUCCUGAAGCACCUCAGGAGGAGGCUUCUCUCAGCAAUAGGCUCAAGACGUAUGCCAACUUUCCAGAAGCACCUCAGGAGGAGGCUUCUCUCAGCAAUAGGCUCAAGACGUAUGCCAACUUUCCAGAAGCACCUCAGGAGGAGGCUUCUCUCAGCAAUAGGCUCAAGACGUAUGCCAACUUUCCAGAAGCACCUCAGGAGGAGGCUUCUCUCAGCAAUAGGCUCAAGACGUAUGCCAACUUUCCAGAAGCACCUCAGGAGGAGGCUUCUCUCAGCAAUAGGCUCAAGACGUAUGCCAACUUUCCAGAAGCACCUCAGGAGGAGGCUUCUCUCAGCAAUAGGCUCAAGACGUAUGCCAACUUUCCAGAAGCACUUCAGGAGGAGGCUUCUCUCAGCAAUAGGCUCAAGAUGUAUGACAACUUUCCAGAAGCACCUCAGGAGGAGGCUUCUCUCAGCAAUCGGCUCAAGACGUAUGCCAACUUUCCAGAAGCACCUCAGGAGGAGGCUUCUCUCAGCAACAGGCUCAAGACGUAUGCCAACUUUCCAGAAGCACCUCAGGAGGAGGCUUCUCUCAGCAAUAGGCUCAAGACAUAUGCCAACUUUCCUGAAGCACCUCAGGAGGAGGCUUCUCUCAGCAAUAGGCUCAAGACGUAUGCCAACUUUCCAGAAGCACCUCAGGAGGAGGCUUCUCUCAGCAAUAGGCUCAAGACGUAUGCCAACUUUCCAGAAGCACCUCAGGAGGAGGCUUCUCUCAGCAAUAGGCUCAAGACGUAUGCCAACUUUCCAGAAGCACCUCAGGAGGAGGCUUCUCUCAGCAAUAGGCUCAAGAUGUAUGCCAACUUUCCAGAAGCACCUCAGGAGGAGGCUUCUCUCAGCAAUCGGCUCAAGACGUAUGCCAACUUUCCAGAAGCACCUCAGGAGGAGGCUUCUCUCAGCAACAGGCUCAAGACGUAUGCCAACUCUCCAGAAGCAACUCAGGAGGAGGCUUCUCUCAGCAAUAGGCUCAAGACGUAUGCCAACUUUCCAGAAGCACCUCAGGAGGAGGCUUCUCUCAGCAAUAGGCUCAAGACGUAUGCCAACUUUCCAGAAGCACCUCAGGAGGAGGCUUCUCUCAGCAAUAGGCUCAAGACGUAUGCCAACUUUCCAGAAGCACCUCAGGAGGAGGCUUCUCUCAGCAAUAGGCUCAAGACGUAUGCCAACUUUCCAGAAGCACCUCAGGAGGAGGCUUCUCUCAGCAAUAGGCUCAAGACGUAUGCCAACUUUCCAGAAGCACCUCAGGAGGAGGCUUCUCUCAGCAAUAGGCUCAAGAUGUAUGCCAACUUUCCAGAAGCACCUCAGGAGGAGGCUUCUCUCAGCAAUCGGCUCAAGACGUAUGCCAACUUUCCAGAAGCACCUCAGGAGGAGGCUUCUCUCAGCAAUAGGCUCAAGACGUAUGCCAACUUUCCAGAAGCACCUCAGGAGGAGGCUUCUCUCAGCAAUAGGCUCAAGACGUAUGCCAACUUUCCAGAAGCACCUCAGGAGGAGGCUUCUCUCAGCAAUAGGCUCAAGACGUAUGCCAACUUUCCAGAAGCACCUCAGGAGGAGGCUUCUCUCAGCAAUAGGCUCAAGACAUAUGCCAACUUUCCUGAAGCACCUCAGGAGGAGGCUUCUCUCAGCAAUAGGCUCAAGACGUAUGCCAACUUUCCAGAAGCACCUCAGGAGGAGGCUUCUCUCAGCAAUAGGCUCAAGACGUAUGCCAACUUUCCAGAAGCACCUCAGGAGGAGGCUUCUCUCAGCAAUAGGCUCAAGACGUAUGCCAACUUUCCAGAAGCACCUCAGGAGGAGGUUUCUCUCAGCAAUAGGCUCAAGACGUAUGCCAACUUUCCAGAAGCACCUCAGGAGGAGGUUUCUCUCAGCAAUAGGCUCAAGACAUAUGCCAACUUUCCUGAAGCACCUCAGGAGGAGGCUUCUCUCAGCAAUAGGCUCAAGACGUAUGCCAACUUCCCAGAAGCACCUCAGGAGGAGGCUUCUCUCAGCAAUAGGCUCAAGACGUAUGCCAACUUUCCAGAAGCACCUCAGGAGGAGGCUUCUCUCAGCAAUAGGCUCAAGACGUAUGCCAACUUUCCAGAAGCACCUCAGGAGGAGGUUUCUCUCAGCAAUAGGCUCAAGACGUAUGCCAACUUUCCAGAAGCACCUCAGGAGGAGGUUUCUCUCAGCAAUAGGCUCAAGACAUAUGCCAACUUUCCUGAAGCACCUCAGGAGGAGGCUUCUCUCAGCAAUAGGCUCAAGACGUAUGCCAACUUUCCAGAAGCACCUCAGGAGGAGGCUUCUCUCAGCAAUAGGCUCAAGACGUAUGCCAACUUUCCAGAAGCACCUCAGGAGGAGGCUUCUCUCAGCAAUAGGCUCAAGACGUAUGCCAACUUUCCAGAAGCACCUCAGGAGGAGGUUUCUCUCAGCAAUAGGCUCAAGACGUAUGCCAACUUUCCAGAAGCACCUAAGGAGGAGGCUUCUCUCAGCAAUAGGCUCAAGACGUAUGCCAAAUUUCCAGAAGCACCUCAGGAGGAGGCUUCUCUCAGCAAUAGGCUCAAGACAUAUGCCAACUUUCCUGAAGCACCUCAGGAGGAGGCUUCUCUCAGCAAUAGGCUCAAGACGUAUGCCAACUUUCCAGAAGCACCUCAGGAGGAGGCUUCUCUCAGCAAUAGGCUCAAGACGUAUGCCAACUUUCCAGAAGCACCUCAGGAGGAGGCUUCUCUCAGCAAUAGGCUCAAGACGUAUGCCAACUUCCCAGAAGCACCUCAGGAGGAGGUUUCUCUCAGCAAUAGGCUCAAGACGUAUGCCAACUUUCCAGAAGCACCUCAGGAGGAGGUUUCUCUCAGCAAUAGGCUCAAGACAUAUGCCAACUUUCCUGAAGCACCUCAGGAGGAGGCUUCUCUCAGCAAUAGGCUCAAGACGUAUGCCAACUUUCCAGAAGCACCUCAGGAGGAGGCUUCUCUCAGCAAUAGGCUCAAGACGUAUGCCAACUUUCCAGAAGCACCUCAGGAGGAGGCUUCUCUCAGCAAUAGGCUCAAGACGUAUGCCAACUUUCCAGAAGCACCUCAGGAGGAGGUUUCUCUCAGCAAUAGGCUCAAGACAUAUGCCAACUUUCCUGAAGCACCUCAGGAGGAGGCUUCUCUCAGCAAUAGGCUCAAGACGUAUGCCAAAUUUCCAGAAGCACCUCAGGAGGAGGCUUCUCUCAGCAAUAGGCUCAAGACGUAUGCCAACUUUCCAGAAGCACCUCAGGAGGAGGCUUCUCUCAGCAAUAGGCUCAAGACAUAUGCCAACUUUCCAGAAGCACCUCAGGAGGAGGCUUCUCUCAGCAAUAGGCUCAAGACGUAUGCCAACUUUCCAGAAGAACCUCAGGAGGAGGCUUCUCUCAGCAAUAGGCUCAAGACGUAUGCCAACUUUCCAGAAGCACCUCAGGAGGAGGCUUCUCUCAGCAAUAGGCUCAAGACGUAUGCCAACUUUCCAGAAGCACCUCAGGAGGAGGCUUCAUUCAGCAAUAGGCUCAAGACGUAUGCCAACUUUCCAGAAGCACCUAAGGAGGAGGCUUCUCUCAGCAAUAGGCUCAAGACGUAUGCCAACUUUCCAGAAGCACCUCAGGAGGAGGCUUCUCUCAGCAAUAGGCUCAAGACAUAUGCCAACUUUCCAGAAGCACCUCAGGAGGAGGCUUCUCUCAGCAAUAGGCUCAAGACGUAUGCCAACUUUCCAGAAGCACCUCAGGAGGAGGCUUCUCUCAGCAAUAGGCUCAAGACGUAUGCCAACUUUCCAGAAGCACCUCAGGAGGAGGCUUCUCUCAGCAAUAGGCUCAAGCCGUAUGCCAACUUUCCAGAAGCACCUCAGGAGGAGGCUUCUCUCAGCAAUAGGCUCAAGCCGUAUGCCAACUUUCCAGAAGCACCUCAGGAGGAGGCUUCUCUCAGCAAUAGGCUCAAGACGUAUGCCAACUUUCCAGAAGCACCUCAGGAGGAGGCUUCUCUCAGCAAUAGGCUCAAGACGUAUGCCAACUUUCCAGAAGCACCUCAGGAGGAGUCUUCUCUCAGCAAUAGGCUCAAGACGUAUGCCACCUUUCCAGAAGCACCUCAGGAGGAGGCUUCUCUCGGCAAUAGGCUCAAGCCGUAUGCCAACUUUCCAGAAGCACCUCAGGAGGAGGCUUCUCUCAGCAAUAGGCUCAAGACGUAUGCCAACUUUCCAGAAGCACCUCAGGAGGAGGCUUCUCUCAGCAAUAGGCUCAAGACGUAUGCCAACUUUCCAGAAGCACCUCAGGAGGAGGCUCCUCUCAGCAAUAGUCUCAAGACGUAUGCCAACUUUCCAGAAGCACCUCAGGAGGAGGAUUCUCUCAGCAAUAGGCUCAAGACGUAUGCCAACUUUCCAGAAGCACCUCAGGAGGAGUCUUCUCUCAGCAAUAGGCUCAAGCCGUAUGCCAACUUUCCAGAAGCACCUCAGGAGGAGGCUUCUCUCAGCAAUAGGCUCAAGACGUAUGCCAACUUUCCAGAAGCACCUCAGGAGGAGGCUUCUCUCAGCAAUAGGCUCAAGCCGUAUGCCAACUUUCCAGAAGCACCUCAGGAGGAGGCUUCUCUCAGCAAUAGGCUCAAGACGUAUGCCACCUUUCCAGAAGCACCUCAGGAGGAGGCUUCUCUCAGCAAUAGGCUCAAGACGUAUGCCAAAUUUCCAGAAGCACCUCAGGAGGAGGCUUCUCUCAGCAAUAGGCUCAAGACGUAUGCCAACUUUCCAGAAGCACCUAAGGAGGAGGCUUCUCUCAGCAAUAGGCUCAAGACGUAUGCCAACUUUCCAGAAGCACCUCAGGAGGAGGCUUCUCUCAGCAAUAGGCUCAAGACGUAUGCCAAAUUUCCAGAAGCACCUCAGGAGGAGGCUUCUCUCAGCAAUAGGCUCAAGACGUAUGCCAACUUUCCAGAAGCACCUCAGGAGCAGGCUUCUCUCAGCAAUAGGCUCAAGACGUAUGCCAACUCUCCAGAAGCAACUCAGGAGGAGGCUUCUCUCAGCAAUAGGCUCAAGACGUAUGCCAAGUUUCCAGAAGCACCUCAGAAGGAGGAUUCUCUCAGCAAUAGGCUCAAGACGUAUGCCAAGUUUCCAGAAGCACCUCAGGAGGAGGCUUCUCUCAGCAAUAGGCUCAAGACGUAUGAAAGCUUUCCAAAAGCACCUCAGGAGGAGGCUUCUCUCAGCAAUAGGCUCAAGACGUAUGCCAACUCUCCAGAAGCAACUCAGAAGGAGGCUUCUCUCAGCAAUAGGCUCAAGACGUAUGAAAAAUUUCCAAAAGCACCUCAGGAGGAGGCUUCUCUCAGCAAUAGGCUCAAGACGUAUGCCAACUUUCCAGAAGCACCUCAGGAUGAGGCUUCUCUCAGCAAUAGGCUCAAGACGUAUGCCAACUCUCCAGAAGCAACUCAGGAGGAGGCUUCUCUCAGCAAUAGGCUCAAGACGUAUGCCAACUUUCCAGAAGCACCUCAGGAUGAGGCUUCUCUCAGCAAUAGGCUCAAGACGUAUGCCAACUUUCCAGAAGCACCUCAGGAUGAGGCUUCUCUCAGCAAUAGGCUCAAGACGUAUGCCAACUCUCCAGAAGCAACUCAGGAGGAGGCUUCUCUCAGCAAUAGGCUCAAGACGUAUGCCAACUUUCCAGAAGCACCUCAGGAUGAGGCUUCUCUCAGCAAUAGGCUCAAGACGUAUGCCAACUCUCCAGAAGCAACUCAGGAGGAGGCUUCUCUCAGCAAUAGGCUCAAGACGUAUGCCAACUUUCCAGAAGCACCUCAGGAUGAGGCUUCUCUCAGCAAUAGGCUCAAGACGUAUGCCAACUCUCCAGAAGCAACUCAGGAGGAGGCUUCUCUCAGCAAUAGGCUCAAGACGUAUGCCAACUUUCCAGAAGCACCUCAGGAUGAGGCUUCUCUCAGCAAUAGGCUCAAGACGUAUGCCAACUCUCCAGAAGCAACUCAGGAGGAGGCUUCUCUCAGCAAUAGGCUCAAGACGUAUGCCAACUUUCCAGAAGCACCUCAGGACGAGGCUUCUCUCAGCAAUAGGCUCAAGACGUAUGCCAAGUUUCCAGAAGCACCUCAGGAGGAGGCUUCUCUGAGCAAUAGGCUCAAGACGUAUGCCAAAUUUCCAGAAGCACCUCAGGAGGAGGCUUCUCUCAGCAAUAGGCUCAAGACGUAUGCCAACUUUCCAGAAGCACCUCAGGACGAGGCUUCUCUCAGCAAUAGGCUCAAGACGUAUGCCAAGUUUCCAGAAGCACCUCAGGAGGAGGCUUCUCUGAGCAAUAGGCUCAAGACGUAUGCCAAAUUUCCAGAAGCACCUCAGGAGGAGGCUUCUCUCAGCAAUAGGCUCAAGACGUAUGCCAACUUUCCAGAAGCACCUAAGGAGGAGGCUUCUCUCAGCAAUAGGCUCAAGACGUAUGCCAACUUUCCAGAAGCACCUCAGGAGGAGGCUUCUCUCAGCAAUAGGCUCAAGACGUAUGCCAAAUUUCCAGAAGCACCUCAGGAGGAGGCUUCUCUCAGCAAUAGGCUCAAGACGUAUGCCAACUUUCCAGAAGCACCUCAGGAGCAGGCUUCUCUCAGCAAUAGGCUCAAGACGUAUGCCAACUUUCCAGAAGCACCUCAGGAGGAGGCUUCUGUCAGCAAUAGGCUCAAGACGUAUGCCAACUCUCCAGAAGCAACUCAGGAGGAGGCUUCUCUCAGCAAUAGGCUCAAGACGUAUGCCAAGUUUCCAGAAGCACCUCAGAAGGAGGAUUCUCUCAGCAAUAGGCUCAAGACGUAUGCCAAGUUUCCAGAAGCACCUCAGGAGGAGGCUUCUCUCAGCAAUAGGCUCAAGACGUAUGAAAGCUUUCCAAAAGCACCUCAGGAGGAGGCUUCUCUCAGCAAUAGGCUCAAGACGUAUGCCAACUCUCCAGAAGCAACUCAGAAGGAGGCUUCUCUCAGCAAUAGGCUCAAGACGUAUGAAAAAUUUCCAAAAGCACCUCAGGAGGAGGCUUCUCUCAGCAAUAGGCUCAAGACGUAUGCCAACUUUCCAGAAGCACCUCAGGAUGAGGCUUCUCUCAGCAAUAGGCUCAAGACGUAUGCCAACUCUCCAGAAGCAACUCAGGAGGAGGCUUCUCUCAGCAAUAGGCUCAAGACGUAUGCCAACUUUCCAGAAGCACCUCAGGAUGAGGCUUCUCUCAGCAAUAGGCUCAAGACGUAUGCCAACUUUCCAGAAGCACCUCAGGAUGAGGCUUCUCUCAGCAAUAGGCUCAAGACGUAUGCCAACUCUCCAGAAGCAACUCAGGAGGAGGCUUCUCUCAGCAAUAGGCUCAAGACGUAUGCCAACUUUCCAGAAGCACCUCAGGAUGAGGCUUCUCUCAGCAAUAGGCUCAAGACGUAUGCCAACUCUCCAGAAGCAACUCAGGAGGAGGCUUCUCUCAGCAAUAGGCUCAAGACGUAUGCCAACUUUCCAGAAGCACCUCAGGAUGAGGCUUCUCUCAGCAAUAGGCUCAAGACGUAUGCCAACUCUCCAGAAGCAACUCAGGAGGAGGCUUCUCUCAGCAAUAGGCUCAAGACGUAUGCCAACUUUCCAGAAGCACCUCAGGAUGAGGCUUCUCUCAGCAAUAGGCUCAAGACGUAUGCCAACUCUCCAGAAGCAACUCAGGAGGAGGCUUCUCUCAGCAAUAGGCUCAAGACGUAUGCCAACUUUCCAGAAGCACCUCAGGACGAGGCUUCUCUCAGCAAUAGGCUCAAGACGUAUGCCAAGUUUCCAGAAGCACCUCAGGAGGAGGCUUCUCUGAGCAAUAGGCUCAAGACGUAUGAAAACUUUCCAAAAGCACCUCAGGAGGAGGCUUCUCUCAGCAAUAGGCUCAAGACGUAUGCCAACUUUCCAGAAGCACCUCAGGACGAGGCUUCUCUCAGCAAUAGGCUCAAGACGUAUGCCAACUCUCCAGAAGCAACUCAGGAGGAGGCUUCUCUCAGCAAUAGGCUCAAGACGUAUGCCAACUUUCCAGAAGCACCUCAGGAGGAGGCUUCUCUCAGCAAUAGGCUCAAGACGUAUGCCAACUCUCCAGAAGCAACUCAGGAGGAGGCUUCUCUCAGCAAUAGGCUCAAGACGUAUGCCAAGUUUCCAGAAGCACCUCAGGAGGAGGCUUCUCUCAGCAAUAGGCUCAAGACGUAUGAAAACUUUGCAAAAGCACCUCAGGAGGAGGCUUCUCUCAGCAAUAGGCUCAAGACGUAUGCCAACUUUUCAGAAGCACCUCAGGAUGAGGCUUCUCUCAGCAAUAGGCUCAAGACGUAUGCCAACUCUCCAGAAGCAACUCAGGAGGAGGCUUCUCUCAGCAAUAGGCUCAAGACGUAUGCCAAGUUUCCAGAAGCACCUCAGGAGGAGGCUUCUCUCAGCAAUAGGCUCAAGACGUAUGAAAACUUUCCAAAAGCACCUCAGGAGGAGGCUUCUCUCAGCAAUAGGCUCAAGACGUAUGCCAACUUUUCAGAAGCACCUCAGGAUGAGGCUUCUCUCAGCAAUAGGCUCAAGACGUAUGCCAACUCUCCAGAAGCAACUCAGGAGGAGGCUUCUCUCAGCAAUAGGCUCAAGACGUAUGCCAAGUUUCCAGAAGCACCUCAGGAGGAGGCUUCUCUCAGCAAUAGGCUCAAGACGUAUGAAAACUUUCCAAAAGCACCUCAGGAGGAGGCUUCUCUCAGCAAUAGGCUCAAGACGUAUGCCAACUUUUCAGAAGCACCUCAGGAUGAGGCUUCUCUCAGCAAUAGGCUCAAGACGUAUGAAAACUUUCCAAAAGCACCUCAGGAGGAGGCUUCUCUCAGCAAUAGGCUCAAGACGUAUGCCAACUUUUCAGAAGCACCUCAGGAUGAGGCUUCUCUCAGCAAUAGGCUCAAGACGUAUGCCAACUCUCCAGAAGCAACUCAGGAGGAGGCUUCUCUCAGCAAUAGGCUCAAGACGUAUGCCAAGUUUCCAGAAGCACCUCAGGAGGAGGCUUCUCUCAGCAAUAGGCUCAAGACGUAUGAAAACUUUCCAAAAGCACCUCAGGAGGAGGCUUCUCUCAGCAAUAGGCUCAAGACGUAUGCCAACUUUUCAGAAGCACCUCAGGAUGAGGCUUCUCUCAGCAAUAGGCUCAAGACGUAUGCCAACUCUCCAGAAGCAACUCAGGAGGAGGCUUCUCUCAGCAAUAGGCUCAAGACGUAUGCCAAGUUUCCAGAAGCACCUCAGGAGGAGGCUUCUCUCAGCAAUAGGCUCAAGACGUAUGAAAACUUUCCAAAAGCACCUCAGGAGGAGGCUUCUCUCAGCAAUAGGCUCAAGACGUAUGCCAACUUUUCAGAAGCACCUCAGGAUGAGGCUUCUCUCAGCAAUAGGCUCAAGACGUAUGAAAACUUUCCAAAAGCACCUCAGGAGGAGGCUUCUCUCAGCAAUAGGCUCAAGACGUAUGCCAACUUUUCAGAAGCACCUCAGGAUGAGGCUUCUCUCAGCAAUAGGCUCAAGACGUAUGCCAACUCUCCAGAAGCAACUCAGGAGGAGGCUUCUCUCAGCAAUAGGCUCAAGACGUAUGCCAAGUUUCCAGAAGCACCUCAGGAGGAGGCUUCUCUCAGCAAUAGGCUCAAGACGUAUGCCAACUUUCCAGAAGCACCUCAGGAUGAGGCUUCUCUCAGCAAUAGGCUCAAGACGUAUGCCAAGUUUCCAGAAGCACCUCAGGAGGAGGCUUCUCUCAGCAAUAGGCUCAAGACGUAUGAAAACUUUCCAAAAGCACCUCAGGAGGAGGCUUCUCUCAGUAAUAGGCUCAAGACGUAUGAAAACUUUCCAAAAGCACCUCAGGAUGAGGCUUCUCUCAGCAAUAGGCUCAAGACGUAUGCCAACUUUCCAGAAGCACCUCAGGAUGAGGCUUCUCUCAGCAAUAGGCUCAAGACGUAUGCCAAGUUUCCAGAAGCACCUCAGGAGGAGGCUUCCCUCAGCAAUAGGCUCAAGACGUAUGAAAACUUUCCAAAAGCACCUCAGGAGGAGGCUUCUCUCAGUAAUAGGCUCAAGACGUAUGAAAACUUUCCAAAAGCACCUCAGGAUGAGGCUUCUCUCAGCAAUAGGCUCAAGACGUAUGCCAACUUUCCAGAAGCACCUCAGGAUGAGGCUUCUCUCAGCAAUAGGCUCAAGACGUAUGCCAAGUUUCCAGAAGCACCUCAGGAGGAGGCUUCCCUCAGCAAUAGGCUCAAGACGUAUGAAAACUUUCCAAAAGCACCUCAGGAGGAGGCUUCUCUCAGCAAUAGGCUCAAGACGUAUGCCAACUUUCCAGAAGCACCUCAGGAUGAGGCUUCUCUCAGCAAUAGGCUCAAGACGUAUGCCAACUCUCCAGAAGCACCUCAGGAGGAGGCUUCUCUCAGCAAUAGGCUCAAGACGUAUGCCAAGUUUCCAGAAGCACCUCAGGAGGAGGCUUCUCUCAGCAAUAGGCUCAAGACGUAUGAAAACUUUCCAAAAGCACCUCAGGAGGAGGCUUCUCUCAGCAAUAGGCUCAAGACGUAUGCCAACUCUCCAGAAGCACCUCAGGAGGAGGCUUCUCUCAGCAAUAGGCUCAAGACGUAUGCCAAGUUUCCAGAAGCACCUCAGGAGGAGGCUUCUCUCAGCAAUAGGCUCAAGACGUAUGAAAACUUUCCAAAAGCACCUCAGGAGGAGGCUUCUCUCAGCAAUAGGCUCAAGACGUAUGCCAACUUUCCAGAAGCACCUCAGGAGGAGGCUUCUCUCAGCAAUAGGCUCAAGACGUACGCCAACUUUCCAGAAGCACCUCAGGAGGAGGCUUCUUUCAGCAAUAGGCUCAAGACGUAUGCCAACUUUCCAGAAGCACCUCAGGAGGAGGCUUCUAUCAGCAAUAGGCUCAAGACGUAUGCCAACUUUCCUGAAGCACCUCAGGAGGAGGCUUCUCUCAGCAAUAGGCUCAAGACGUAUGCCAAGUUUCCAGAAGCACCUCAGGAGGAGGCUUCUCUCAGCAAUAGGCUCAAGACGUACGCCAACUUUCCAGAAGCACCUCAGGAGGAGGCUUCUUUCAGCAAUAGGCUCAAGACGUAUGCCAACUCUCCAGAAGCAACUCAGGAGGAGGCUUCUCUCAGCAAUAGGCUCAAGACGUAUGCCAAGUUUCCAGAAGCACCUCAGGAGGAGGCUUCUCUCAGCAAUAGGCUCAAGACGUAUGAAAACUUUCCAAAAGCACCUCAGGAGGAGGCUUCUCUCAGCAAUAGGCUCAAGACGUAUGCCAACUUUUCAGAAGCACCUCAGGAUGAGGCUUCUCUCAGCAAUAGGCUCAAGACGUAUGAAAACUUUCCAAAAGCACCUCAGGAGGAGGCUUCUCUCAGCAAUAGGCUCAAGACGUAUGCCAACUUUUCAGAAGCACCUCAGGAUGAGGCUUCUCUCAGCAAUAGGCAACUCCAGAGAUGCCCCGAGAACACUGUCCCAAGUAUAGAGGAACUCCAACUUCAGCACAGCAACUCGAGGAAUGUGAGUGAACCCCAAAUCGACUCGAGAUGA